GCUCAGUUCCCCGGGAAACGUGGCUUCCGUAUUGUUUUCCGCUCCUGAGUGGCAGCUGGUUUCUUGGGUCCCGGGCGGUUGCGUGAACCGUUGUAGACGAGCUAGAGUGAAAGGCCGAUCCGGGACGCGCCUGCGCUAUGGGUGUCCAGGGGCUCUGGAAACUGCUGGAGUGCUCGGGGCGGCAGGUCAGCCCCGAGGCACUGGAGGGGAAGGUCCUCGCCGUGGAUAUCAGCAUUUGGCUAAACCAAGCCCUUAAAGGCGUCCGGGAUCGCCACGGGAACUCGAUAGAAAAUGCCCAUCUUCUCACUUUGUUUCAUCGACUUUGCAAACUCUUAUUUUUUCGAAUUCGCCCUAUUUUUGUAUUUGAUGGUGAUGCUCCAUUGUUGAAGAAGCAGACUUUGGCAAAAAGAAGGCAGAGGAAGGAUUUGGCCUCCAGUGACUCCAGAAAAACUACAGAGAAGCUUUUGAAAACAUUUUUGAAAAGACAGGCUAUCAAAACUGCCUUCAGCCGGAAAAGGAAUGAAGCACUACCCAGUCUCACACAAGUUCAAAGAGACGAUGACAUCUAUGUUUUGCCACCUUUACAAGAGGAAGAAAAACAUAGUUCAGAAGAAGAAGAUGAAAAAGAAUGGCAAGAAAGAAUGGAUCAGAAACAAGCAUUACAGGAAGAGUUCUUCCAUAAUCCUCAUGCAAUAGAUAUUGAGUCUGAGGACUUCAGCAGCCUACCCCCGGAAAUAAAGCAUGAAAUCUUGACUGAUAUGAAAGAAUUUACCAAGCGAAGAAGAACAUUGUUUGAAGCAAUGCCAGAGGAAUCCAAUGACUUUUCACAGUACCAACUCAAAGGCUUGCUUAAAAAAAACUAUCUAAACCAGCACAUAGAAAAUGUCCAAAAGGAAAUGAAUCAGCAGCACUCAGGACAAAUCCAGAAGCAGUAUGAAGAGGAAGGGGGUUUUCUGAAGGAGGUGGAAUCGAGGAGAGUGGUCUCUGAGGACACUUCACACUACAUCUUGAUAAAAGGUGUUCAAGCUAAGAAAGUUGAAGAAGUGGAUUCGGAGUGUCUUCCUUCUUCCAGCAAAAUGCACAACAUGUCUUUUGACAUGAAGUCAUCACCUGUUGAAAACCCAAAGCCAGAGAAAGAACCCGAUGCCACCCCUCCUUCCCCAAGAACAUUGCUCGCUCUGCAAGCCGCCAUGCUAGGCAGUAGCUCGGAGGAGGAGCUGGAGAGUGGGGCUCUGAGGCAGCAUGACCAGAGGAGUGCAGCAGCAGACCAAGGCUCCGUAUCCCCACGGACCCUCUUGGCUAUUCAGAGAGCGCUUGAUGAUGACGACGACGUGAGAGUGAGUGCGGGGGACAGCAUGCAGACAGGAGGGCCAGGAGUGAGGACGCUGCUUAGAGACAGCCCCAGCAGAGAGCACGGUGAAGGGCCUAGAGCGAGAGAAGUGGGAGGAGGGCUGUUCUCCACGGGCCCUCCUCCAGCCAGCGUGAACUUCGAGGAGGAGCAUGGGGCCAGCGCUGGCCGUGGAGAGGAGCUGGCAGACUCAGCUCAUUUGUUGAGCACUGUAGUUAAUCAAGGCAGUGAGUCUGGUGUUCCAGAAGAACACAUGUCACUCACUCACACGGAGAACAGAGUCUCUCAGAUGAACACUGAGUCCACGGACAAGGCUAAGAGGGGUCCUCUUCCACACAGUGACAUGCCCAGGCUCCCCUCGGGACAGGAACUGACACAGGCACCUCCCACAAGUGCAGCUUUUGAACCCAAGAGCGAAACACAUCCUGAGGAGCUCGAGCUGUGGGCAGGUGCUAGCCCAUCCCAGAGUGGAUAUGGUUCCUCUGCUUUGUCGAGCGACGAAGAAAGAGAAGGUGGAGCAAAUCCUGCCGAGGUCACUGGCAUUGGCACUUUGCAAGAAAGGAGGGACACAGUAAGUGUCCCUUCAGAGGCAAUAGGUAACCUAGAAAAUAUUGUACCCUCAAGUGCUGCAGAGCAUGGGAAUUUCCCCAAAACCAACCAGGAAUGCGAGACAACUAAACCCGCGGGCCAGGAGCUAGUUUCAGUUCUGAAUUCCUUGGAACCAGUGGAAAUGGAGUCUGAAGAAAGUGAAUCUGAUGGAAGCUUCAUAGAAGUGCAGAGUGUGAUGAGUGAUGAGGAACUUGAAGCUUCCAAACCUCCCUCUGAACAAAGUGAAGAGGAAUCAAGAGGAACUGAGGAGGGAGAAGCCCCUGGUGGCACCCAGCGUCUUCUUCAGGAAAACCCAGAAGGCAAGGACUCUGACACUGACCCACACAAAGAAGCUGAACAGGAAGCAGAGGACUCCCCCAAUGAAUGGCAAGAUAUUAAUUUGGAGGAGCUGGAAGCCCUGGAGAGCAACCUCUUAGCGCAACAGAAUUCUCUGAAAGCUCAGAAGCAGCAGCAGGAGCGGAUCGCUGCCACUGUAACGGGACAGAUGUUCCUGGAGAGCCAGGAGCUUCUGCGCCUGUUUGGCAUUCCCUACAUCGAAGCUCCCAUGGAGGCAGAGGCGCAGUGUGCUAUUCUAGACCUCACUGACCAGACUUCUGGAACCAUCACCGAUGAUAGUGACAUCUGGCUGUUUGGAGCACGGCACGUCUAUAAGAACUUUUUCAAUAAAAACAAAUUUGUAGAAUAUUACCAGUAUGUGGACUUUCACAACCAAUUAGGAUUGGACCGGAACAAAUUAAUAAAUUUGGCCUAUUUGCUUGGAAGUGAUUACACUGAAGGAAUACCAACUGUAGGCUGUGUAACAGCCAUGGAAAUUCUCAAUGAAUUCCCUGGACAUGGCCUGGAACCUCUCCUAAAGUUCUCAGAGUGGUGGCAUGAAGCACAAAAAAAUAAGAAGAUAAGACCCAAUCCCUAUGACACCAAAGUGAAGAAAAAACUACGGAAGCUGCAACUCUCACCUGGUUUCCCUAACCCGGCGGUUGCGGAUGCUUACCUCAGGCCUGUGGUGGAUGACUCCAAGGGCUCGUUUCUGUGGGGGAAACCCGAUCUGGACAAGAUUAGAGAAUUUUGCCAGCGGUAUUUUGGCUGGAACAGGACGAAGACGGACGAAUCUCUGUUUCCAGUAUUAAAGCAACUGAGUGUCCAGCAGACACAGCUCCGAAUCGAUUCAUUCUUUAGACUGGCUCAGCAGGAGAAGCAAGAUGCUAAACGCAUUAAGAGCCAGAGACUAAACAGAGCUGUGACGUGUAUGCUGAGGAAGGAAAGGGAAGAAGCAGCCAGCGAGGUGGAAGCCGCUUCUGUUGCUAUGGAGAGAGAGAGUGAGAUGCUUGAGGAGGCAGAGGGCAAAGCCCAGAAGAGAAGCCUCGCUGAGAAAUCAGAGGCGGCCUCGAGCCUGAAGAGGGGGAGGCUGUCGGGGCCCAGAGGUGGGGACGAAUGCGGUGGGUUUUUGGGGGAGGCCUGCCUCUCGGAGUCUGGUGCCUCUUCAGGUGAGGAUGCCGAAGGUUCACCUCUGAGGAACACGCAAAGGAGAAGAGCUGCUGAGGAGCGGAGAAUCGGCGCCCGCGCAGGAGGGCAGGAGGCGGGCGUGAGCACGAGCAGCUCCAGCGAGGACGACGGGGGCAGGAGCUCGAAGGCCACCCUGGUGACAGCCAGGCCCGUGUUUGGGAAGAGGAAAGGGAGGCUGAGACGUGCCAGGGGACGGGCCAGGAACACCUGAUUCAGAAACUGCCUCUCGGUGGCUGUGUGGGACACAGCGCUCAAUGAAUUUGUGAGGACGUAAUAAAAUGUUGGCACAGUCUUUUUAUUUAGUGUGCGAUUUUGAAAAGAUUGGGUGCCAGACCUGACGGUGUGUCAGGAUGCCACGUGUGUCCUCUGCCACAUGGGCUGCUUCCUUCUACUCAGAGGCUAUCUCCUCCUGAUUGCAUUAUCUUACGCUGUCUGGUGCUUUCCCACCACACUAGAAAAAGAAAAGAACAAAGGAUCUGCACUGACCAGCACCCACUCUCAGGGGUGUCCCUCUGACUCACACGUAGGUGAGACAAGCGACACCCACACUUUUCAUUCCACACUAGUGGCAGCUCCAGCAAUGAAGAAAAUCCGUGUCCCCCACUGCUUGCCAUUUUCCCUCAAGCUCUUCUUAAAAGGAUAGCAGGGGGGAAACCUCACUGCUGGAGCGUAUUUGAAGAACAUGUUUGCUGUGAAUUUUAGCAAUUAAUUAGGAAACCUAACUGGGGUGCUUCAUGCUCCCUGUGAGCAUUAACUAUGGGAACCUCUAAGCUGUAAUGUUUGCUUUGACGCCACUUCAUUUGUCAGAAGCUGACUUCUCUGUAAAUGGAUUUGGUGGCUCGGCUUCAUCACGCUGGUGUAGGUGGGUCCACUUUAGGUAUUGACUACUGUUGACAGCUGCGUGUCCAGUGGUCAGCCUAGGUUACUUUAGGAUUGCCCCUGCAGGACCUCCAGCAAGAGCUACACCUGAUUGCUUACAAGGAUAGUACUGCCCGCUACUUUGAGUCUAGGGUACCUUCAGAGGUGCCUUCCUAAGCUCGUAAUCCUUUUGGCAUCUUUCGUAUUUCCAUCUUUCCCUGUUUCCACCAUUUGAAGUUGGAAAUCUUCACCAAAGAAGAUAAGAUACAAAUAGAUGCCUUUCAACAAAUUUGGAACGACUCCUCACAAUUUUAGGCUGAACUUCUCAAAUAAUUGGACUACAUAUAACUGUUUCUUCUCAAUUUCAAAUAUGGCUUCUGCUUCUCUCAGUCUUCUCCAGCAGCUUCCUUCUUAAGUUGAAAAUGACUUCCACACAAAUAAGCUCAAAUCAUUUCUUGAUGCUUCUUUGCACUACAAGUAUUUGAAGUAGAACAUUUUAGCUGGAAUGGGAAACUUUUUUUCAUACCAUUGGCAUAUUUCAAAGGAACUGAUGAUUGGGAGUUUUCUGCAUAUACAUGUGGGUGGAGAACAGUGCUAAAAAUUUUUAAUUUUGUUGACUUUAAUAAAUAAUUCAAAUUUG